CCAUGUUUCGCCGCCAUGUAAAUUACAUAUUUUAGCAGUUGUUUUUACAGGUCUUUAGUUGAUUUACAGAGAUAUACGCGAUGGUUCUGCAUAAUAUUAUUAGAUUAUGAAAUUUGUGGUUAAAAGUAGCUUAUAAGCUUAUGGGUAAUGGACGAUUUAAGGCAACUGUACAUCGUGAAGACAUUUUAUUACUGAAGACACAAGAUGGAGUACAUGGACAUACAUAUUUGCGGUGCUUGCCGAACACAGUUUAAUAAUGUGACACACUUCAUAAACCAUAAACAACUUUGCCCUACUCUUAAUAGACUCAAACAAAAUCAAAGGGCAGAUAACCCUGAAUCUCAAAAUGUAGACCAGAACACGCAAGAAAUCGGCAAAUCUACCUACAGCAAUUUGUCGUCGAUUCUCUCACGUGGAACGAGCGUCAACUUACAGACACUACCGUGUUCUACGGUUUUACAUGGAUCUGUCGAUCAACUGGAACGAAAAAAUGUUUCCCAUUCCAACUACGAUAGCGCAGUCAAUUCAUCAACAUUGCUACAAAAUCAGCAGAACUUAAUCAAGUCACGUGAUCAACAAGAGGACCUGGAAACUCUUGAAUCAGUUGGAGAAAGAAAUCAAGAAAUUGAAAACAUCUUACAGAAUGAGAAUCGUGGGCAACAGAUUCAUGAGGAAAGUUUCUCAGGUGAAGCGCAAGAUGUUGAUAGAAAAGAGCAUCUGCAAGGCAUUACCGGUAGUGAAUUUGACAAAUAUCAGCAUAGAAACUCGCAUGCUCAGCCGAUCUACGAACUACAGCCUGAAGCCUCAGCAUCCUCUUCGCAUCAGAGAUUAAAACCGACGUCAUCUCGCAUUACUUAUUACCAGGAUACUAGCGAUCAACAUCUCGAUUCUCAGGUGUCCAGAAACCCCAGAGAGGUUCUGGGAAUAACGACAGAAUUCUCAGAAAGGGAUGGGGAUAUGAUGCCCAAUCAAUUUAAUUCUGUGGAAACCGAGAUUCGGAGAGCUUCCAAAUCUACAAAGAUUUUUCAAGUGUCAAGAUCAAAUUACGACGAAAGUUCGGCUGACUUUUCACAAGGUCAAGCUGAAUAUCCUGAUCAGAAUUUGACGUCGGCAAUAAAUGUUUCCUCAACAAAACAAAAGAUUAAAUCCGCUGCCGACGCUCUGGAUCGUACAUAUCUAGUUCCUGAUCGAAUGUUGUUGGCAGGAGCCAAACAAAUUCGUCUAGCGCAGCAUCACCAGAAACUUCCAGAGAUGACUUUCCCACAGUCAGACGCCAAUAUGGUUUAUCAACCACAAGUCAAAGCAGCUCAAAAUGUAGAACUUAGUAAUUACGGAAAAGGAGCUGAACACAAUCAAGAUCAGUCGGAAAAUUUUACUGCUCAGUAUCAUCAACAGCAGACGUACUAUACUAGUCAAGAUCAACCAGACCAAGCUGUCUAUGCAAAUACUAAUCUUGUUGAAGAUAAAUUAUCCAGUCAGAAUUACGAUCAUCAGUACAUAAGUUCAUAUGGCUUACAGAAAAAUAGCGAGUCAUACGAAUUGGAUCAACGGGGGCGUAACAAAAUGGCCGACAGCACUGGCUCUAUAACAAAGACGUCUGUACCGCUGUCUUCGAGAAGGAAGACCCGAAAUUCUCAAGUGAAAGCCAGCCAGCCACCUCCUGCGAUCGUUAACAUGGAUUUGUUAGGGCAAGCUUUGAGAUCAGAAAAUGUUAAUUUAGAUGACGGUACGUUGACGGCAGAUUUGCCAACAGUUGAAAUGGAGUAUAUGAACACAAACGUUCACUCAUCUUCUAAAAAAGAUGUUUACGUCGACACCGAUCAAAUAAAUAUGUCAAGUUCGUACAAUUUAUAUCCAGUUGAUCCAUCCCAUAAUAUGUCCAUGGCAACCACAUUGAAUGACCCAUGUGACCCUGUUUAUUCAAACCCGAUUGGUCAGUCUAGCAGUGUUUUGACGACAGAUGUAGAGAUGGUACCAGCAUGUAGUAUUCAGCAGAUGGAAGGGGAUAUAACUCCAGAUAAUUCAACUCUGGCUGCUACCAAACCAAAGUAUAUAGUAGUUAAAGAUUCAUCAAAAUCUAAUCAAAAGGGUCGACCAGCCAACACCAAAGGGAAGGGAUCUAACAAACCCAAAUAUUUUGCGUGCGAUUAUAAAGAUUGUUCGUAUCAGACGGGGUAUUUUAAGGAUCUGGAUCGUCAUAUAAGGACCCACACGGGGGAGAAACCCUAUCUUUGUACGUACUGUUCGAAAAGUUUUAAUCGUAGUGAUAAGUUGAAGAUACAUAUCCGAGCCCACACGGGUGAAAAACCCUUCCAGUGUUCUCAAUGUUCAUAUGCAGCUGUAGACAGCAGUAGUUUACGGAAACAUUCACGGACACAUUCAGAUGAAAGACCCUUUAAGUGUCAAAUUUGUUCGUAUGCGAGUAGAAAUUCCAGUCAGCUUGUUGUUCAUCUACGAAUCCACACAGGCGACUCUCCGUUUCAGUGUCCUGUUUGUCACGCAAAGUUUAAAAUCAAUUCUGAUCUGAAACGUCACGCUAGAAUCCACACGGGAGAAAAACCCUUUAAUUGUGAACAGUGUGAUUAUAGGUGUUCUAUAAAAGCGAACUUAAAGACUCAUUUACGGAUCAAUCAUUCCGAGGAAAACAAAAUGACAUGUGACCAUUGUACAUACUCUACGUCAUCUCGUAAAGCGAUGCGUGAACAUAGCAAGACUCACGAUAUGACCAUUGUCUUCGAGUGUGAAACCUGUCGAUAUCAUUGUAACAGCAAGAGUGCGCUUUCAACCCAUAUGAGGAUUCAUAGCGAGGAGCGGCCAUUUAGUUGUGAUUUUUGUUCGUAUAAAUGUAAACAGAUCGGAAAUGUUAAGACUCAUAUCAAGAAAAAGCAUUCUGAAAGAAUAAAACAGUCUAAAUAUUUUUCGCGUUCCGAAAGAAACCAGGAAGCGUCUCCCGGAGAUGAGGAAUGGAGCAAAUCACCAAGUAAAACGAUUGGACGAAACGCUCACAAGUGUAAUAUAUGCACGGCGUCAUUUGUCCGUGAAGAUUCCUUACGGAGUCACACGCGACAGCAUUGUCGUGAUAUCGCUAUGAACUUAGAAAGCACGGCAAUGGCCGUUCUUCAACUGCAGAAUUCGGGACAAUCGUCUAAAAAAUCUAGUGAGUCGAACAGAUCGCCGUCACGAUCAACAAGACACUCGCAUAAAAGUCCCGAGACUAAGACAAUCGGAACAUCCCCUCGUAGAUCUCAUAGUGCUACCCAUAAUGCAUCACAGCAACAGCCAGUCAAGACAUGUGGUCUCCAAGAUAUUGCUGAGGCGGCUGUCCUAAAACUUUCACAAAUUCCACAACAAAAAUCUGAAAUCGUAAACACUGACAACAGACAUCAAGCCAAUGUCACAGGUCAAGGACAGGGUCAAGUUCAAGGUCAAACGGCAAAUCAAGUUCCUGUUAAUUAUAUCACUAAUCAGGAGUCGACACAAAUGGAAGAUUCGAACGUAGAGGUUGCGAGCUUGGUAGACGAACCCACACAUCAAAUCAUAAAUACGCCGUCAGGUCCGCAGUUAAUACCAAUACAGCAGCCUAUCAGAAUGCAACAACAAAAUGUUGCGCAAAAUGUUCAGUAUGUUCCCAUGGACACACAAGGUAUUGUGGGUAAUAAUCCUGAUUGUCAACAAAUGAUAGAAUUGCCGACCGGAGAAAUGGUGAGCAUUAAACAAAUUGUUUCUGGACAAUCUGUGACGCAACUAGCAACCAAUCAGGUUCAAGCUCAACAAGUCAUGCAUUAUCAAGUCGCGACACAGCAGCCCGUGGAACAACGCUACACGGUACAGGUUGUACCACAUCAAACUGUUCAACAGCAAAUACCCAUCAACCUCCUUUCAAGGGAAGUUGGGGGUACAACUGUAGCCGUUCAGCAACCCGCUAAUCAACCACAGAUUCAAAUCAUUCUACCGUAUCAGGCGCUAGAGGGCAGCAUGAAUUCAAACGUUGCUACGAGCCAACCACAAAUAUUGAUACAGGUACAAGAACCGAAUGGAGGCACGACGCGGACAUUUCCCGCUUCUGUACAGGGGGAGAACUAUCUUACUAGUAUGACACAGAGUCAGAUAGGAAAUCAUCACAUGCUGCCAGGUACACAGAGUCAGAUUUUAUCUGAUAGCCGAUUGGCUCCGGUUCAAGUUCAAGAAGUGGUCGUACAGAUGGAGUCGACACCUGGUAGUGAGGAGUUGAACAAGACCGAAGAGUGCCAAUCUGAGGGCAAGUAGAGUUGUCACCCCUGUCAGUUUCGAGGCGAGUGAAGAGCAGAUAAUGUCAGAAUUAAUCGGCAGCUAUAGAGACGAAGGGACAGACAUGAAAUCGGUAUGAUUAUUGACUUAGGUUCGUGGACGUGACGACUUGUCUUGUUGUCAUAGUUUUCGUUAUUUUGAUCUUGUCUAGAUUCUAUUGGUAGAUUAGGUUAACCAGAGCUAUUUAAACCAUUGACAUGUGUGUGGAGAUGGAGAGCGUUUAAUCUAUUGAUGUCCAGCAUUAAAAACAGACAUGAGAGGUCAACGAAUAAAAUAAUCUUGUACAUGUAUAGCAUAAUACAUAUGUAUGUUUGUAUCUCGUGAUGUACAUCACUGUAUUUCAUACUGGU